AUGCGUGUCUGGCAAGACUAUUUAGUGUCCUUCUCUUUGAUCGCAGUUUCAGUGUCCGCCAUUGGACUCGAGAAACGAGCAACAGUUCCAGCGUUCGUCCGUCAGUUCGCUCCGGUGGUAUUUCUCGAGUCCACGGAAGCCUUCUUUCCCAGUUCCAUUGCCCAACAAGUCGCGAACUCGCACCCUGAAGAUUUCGCCGGUCGAAAUCUCUCCUCCCGCGCCUCGCUGACCUUGGCCAAUCUCAACAGCCUGAACACCUUUGGCAGCAACGGUAGCAAUGUGUCUCUCACUUCCGAUCAAGGCAUCCGCGCCCUUCCUUCGUGGUUCCACGGCGCAAAACCUACCACCAAUGGCUCUUUGCCCGGCAACACAACCGCCACCGCCGUCGUGACCGUGAGUAAACCCAACAAUAUCCUCGACGCCUUCUUCUUCUUCUUUUAUGCGUAUAACCGCGGCGACUGGAUCUUUGGGCUCCCAAUCCUCGAACUAGGUGACCACGUGGGCGACUGGGAACAUGUCAUGGUGCGGUUCCAGAACGGGACUCCUCAGGCCAUGUGGUACAGUCAACACUCGGGCGGCCAGGCGUUCACAUUCAGCGCGGUCCAGAAGUUCAACAACGGGUCGCGGCCCGUCGUAUACUGCGCCAACGGCACCCACGCAAACUAUGCCACUCCGGGGCCACACCCACUCAACAUCACCGGGCUGAACCUGGGGACCGGCCUGCCCAUCUCACCCGUGACCGACGAGGCCGGGCGAGGCACGCUCUGGGACCCGCUGGCCAACGCCUUCUUCUACGCGUUCGACAACGCGACGCAGAAAUUCACCGCCUACAACGGGCAAGACCCCACCGGGUGGCUGGACUUCAACGGCCUCUGGGGGGACUUGCAACUCCCGCUCAACGCCGCGGGGCAGGUUGACCUGCUCGGCCAGAUCAAGUACGUGAGCGGGCCCACGGGACCCAAGUUCAAGGGCCUGGGGAGGGCCAAUGUUUGCAACACGGAUGUCAGUUCCUGCGUCAUCCUGAAUUCAUUGGGUGCAUAG